AUGCUAGGAUUGGAUUUCUCGCAAAACGUUUCUAGUCUCAAUGCAUCGGCAUUGACGGGGACCUUUGGUCUGUCAAAAGUCAUCUUCUUGACUUCCUUUGCAUACCUUUUGACUGUUGUUUCUGGUGCUUCUUAUGCAUCAGGAAGCACAGCAUCAAGCGAAUUUCUGGGGCUGAAGAUCUAUAACUUUCAACCGGCUUAUGCUCUGACUGGAGGGCUCUUGCUUGGGAUAGCGGCGGCAGUAAGAAUGUAUCUUCGGGGGGAUGUUUUGGGGGUGUCAGGAAUAGUUGGGGGGAUCGUUAAAGGAAAAUCAUCAGAAUUGAGCAGAUGGGCUUUCUUGCUCGGCCUUCUUGUUGGUGGAGUUAUCUUGAAAUCAGUUUACCCGUCGGCUCUUGGGAGCAUGCAAGUAUCAGAGUUGAGACUGAUCAUUGCGGGUUUGGCGGUUGGCAUCGGCUCUACUAUGGGCAACGGGUGCACAUCGGGACAUGGCAUUUGUGGGAACUCUCGUCUCUCUCCUCGCUCUCUUGCCUACACUCUCACGUUCAUGGCGGCCGGAUUUGCCACCGCCUCCAUCUUCCACAGCACCGCUGCUGUCAAGGCUCACUUUCCAGCUCCGGUUGACCUGCCCUCGACGUGGCAGCUUGCUUUCAUCGUCCUGAUCCUUCACGGAUCCCUGUACGCCAUGGUGGUCAGCCUGGGUCAGGCCAUGGGCAUUGAGAAGGAGCUGCUCCGUGAGUUCGUGAGUUUCGUGGACGGGAGUCUAUUUGCUUUUGGACUUGGCAUCAGCGGAAUGACGAACCCAGCCAACGUUGUCUCUUUCUUGGAUGUAUCGCAGGGAACGUGGAAUCCAACCCUCAUGUUCGUCAUGGGAGGAGCCAUCCUUGUCACCGCUCCCUUCAUGCUGGGUUUUAUCAAGAACGGCACUCUCAAGAAGCCUGUCCUCUCCCUUAAGUUCGAGCUGCCCACCCGGGUGAACCUCGACACUCGUCUCAUACUCGGAGGCGUCAUCUUUGGUUUCGGCUGGGGAUAUGCUGGGAUGUGUCCUGGCCCAGCUCUGGUCAACGUGAGCAACCCUCAGGCGGCAAGCAUCAUCUUCAAUGCAGCCAUGUUCGUCGGAUUUAGUCUGGGGGAACCGAUCGCCAAGACUCUUGGCUUGUAG